AUCACUGGGUACAUUUCAGUACUUUUGGUUAGGGAACAUAAUUGUACCAUAAUCGAUUGCAGUGAACCCUGCACCAAAAAGGGUGUUGCUAUUGUUAUGAUGUCAAGCGUGUAACAAUAAAAGAUCGCUUUUUUGUGUUGUAUAGAACCAUAUAAAACAUAGUAUCCAUCAAUUCAAGCAUUUCACCAUGCAGGUGACCAUGCAACUCAGGGUUCUAAAUAGAACCACUGACUUUACUAAAGAACCCUUGAAGAACCGUCUUUUAGUAUUGCAUAGUGUAUAGUGUAGUGUAGUAUAAAGUAUAUAAUAUUACUCCACCCACAAAAAUCUACCAGCCAAGCCAGCCAGGAGGGCGGGGCUUUCGGAAUGCAGGUGGAAGGAUAAGCGCCGUGCUGUCCUGAGUGGAUCAACAGUGAGUCUCCAAAGCGCUUCCAGCGAGCAGACUUUAACGAUGGAAGAGGAGCGGUUGGAAUGGUUUUAUUUGUUCUCCUCAGCAAAUCUCUCGCCUUCUUCUUGUAUUCGGAAACUGGACAAGUUCUGCAGCAACUGCGUUUAUUUACUGAACACACGCGUGUAUCCAAAGCAACUUGGAUGAAAAAGUAUAGUGAAUAAUGAAUUUCUCAAGCAUCUUCGCCACGUUUGGACCCCCAGCUCUCGUGAACGCGUCUCUCUGGAGCUCCAGCAGCCACAACAGCAGCGCUCCUCGCCCUCCUCCUCCUCUUCCUCACCUUCCUCUUCGUGCUCCUGUGGACGUCCUGUUCUCCGGGCGCGAGCCGGGCACCGUCCUCCUCGCGCUCAUGUACGUGGCCUCCUUCCUCACGGGCCUGGCCGGGAACGUCACGGCGCUCCUGGUGCUCGGCAGCAGCAGCAGGAGGAGGAGGAGCAGGAUGAAGCUGCUGAAGAUGAGGAGCGCGUCGUCGGCCACCAGACGCCUCCUGGCCAACCUGGCCGCGUGCGACACGCUAGUGGUGUGCGUAUGCAUGCCGGCCAACCUGGGCCACCACGUGCACCGCGCCUGGCCUUUCGGCGAGCUGCUGUGCCGCGCUGUUCCCUUCGUGCAGGCCGUGUCCGUGGCGGCCAGCGUGCUGAGCCUGGCCGCGCUGGGCCUCAGCCGCUACUGCGGCGUGCACAGCCCGCUGCGCGCGCGUCACGCCUUCACGGGAGUGCGCGUGGGCGCCGUCAUCGCCGCCGUGUGGGCCGUGUCGUCCGGACUGUGCCUGCCCCUGCUCUUCACCAAUGAGACGCGCACGCUCGAGCUCCCGGACGGCACGCAUUCCGUGACCCUGUGCGUUGAGAGAUGGUCCGAGGCCCGGCUGCGCCAGGGCUAUAACUUCCUUCUCUUCUGCGCGCUCUACGCCUUUCCCGUGCUCUUCAACCUCGUCAUCUGCACGCUGACCGUGCGCAAGCUCUGGGGGGCCAAGGACGAGCCCGGGGCAUUGGGCUUCGCGCGCUCGGGCGCGCGCCUGGAGACGCGCAGGAGGAUCGCCAAGAUGGUGCUGGCGCUCGUUCUGCUCUUCACCUUCUCGUGGCUGCCUCUCUACGUGGUGGACAUCUGGCUCGACUUCCACAUGCCCGAGGACAGGGGGCGCGUGCCGGAGCGCGUGGAGCACGAGUGGGUCCUGCAGAGCCGGCCGUUCGCGCAGUGGCUCGGACUGACCAACUCUGCGCUCAAUCCGCUAUGCUACUGCUUCGUGGGCGAGCUCAGGCGCUGCGCCCGGAGACUGACCGCCGGCUACAGGGAGAGAGUGACCAGCCUGUUCGCAAAGGCCAGGAGCUCGCAGAGCAAAAACGGCUGUGGAAGUGACUGUGUGUGACACUGUGCUUGGGAUGAAGAGUUUUGACUUAGAGGAGGAUUUUUCGAAAUGUCUGCAUAAUUAAAGGGGGACUCCGCCGAUCAUAAUAUGGGCAUAGUUCAGUGGUUGAGAUGUAAACAGUCAUACAGAGUGGUUUGUUAUGAAAUGGUUGCAGAGAAACUUACAGACUCAGAUUUCUUCACAAUGGUGGUGAUAGGAGCCAGGGGUCACUUGUCUACACUCAAAAGGAUUUCACCGUGCAAAGAACCAUUUAAGCAUGCAAAUGGUUCUUUGAGUGUUCAUAGUUCUAUGCUAACUAUUCUUGUCUUUACUAAAGAACUCCUGAAGAACCAUCUUUUUAAAGAGUGUACCUCAACACAAAGUUCAACGGUUGAUGUCUAAAUUGAAACGUUUCAGUGCAAUGCAAUUCUUUUGCGUUUCAUUGGAAUUAAAUUCUCUUUGGAUCAAUGUAAACAGUUUCCAUUCAUUUAAAUGUACUUUCAUUGAUUUUGUC